CGAAGAUUAGAACCUGUUUGAAAUUCUCUGUAUGUAAAUGCAUUGCAGCAUUGAGCAGAGAGAGAAAAGUCCAGGAGUGUUUGCUAUACACAGAGUUUUUCUACUAUUUUUCUGGCUUAAUGGAAUAAUGAAUUGAAUAAAUAAAAACAUGCUCACAGCAGAAAUGAUGAAAAGUAUAUUCCACUUCAUUUUAUUUAGUUCAGUAGGGGGGUUUAAGUACUUCUAAUUCUAGGUAGUUGGACCAUUGCUUUUACAGAGAUCUGUCUUCUGGCAGGAUCAAUACAAGUGCCUAAAUCUUGAAAUCCUUAUCCAUUGAUUUGUCUUCUUUUGUCUUUGCACCAUAGUAAAAUGUCACCUUUAUUCUAUGUCAUUUACAUUCAAACAUGAGAAAGUGGAACAGGGGAAAGGUUCUCAAACUUCCAAAAUGUAGUAAAGGUUGUUAUGCCAUUUUUUUAACAUAGUUUUUUUCCAUCUUAAACUGUGUAUUAAAAGUAGAUCUCUUAGGAUUCAGAUUGGGCUGUAAACUACAGGAAGAAAACAUUAUGAACACAUGCUGAGUUUUACAACAGAAUUUUAGAAACGGCGAGUCUGAGCCUUGGAGGCAGUUUGUGCAUCCAAAGCCAGAGCAAGCGCAGUCCAGCAACACAAUCGUAACAUUAAAAAUGAGACAGGGCAGCUUUAAGAGAGAAACAGGAAGCUGUAACUAGAAUCCAGCUGAAUUCUGAGCUGGGGCACUUUACCAUGAGGCUGCAAAUGAAACAGAUGUGCUUGCUCUGAGUUUCUGUAGUGUCUGGAGUUUUUGUACUAAAGGUGACAAGACUUUCCUUCCUGUGAUUUUUUUUCUUCUUUUUUUAUUUUCCACAUACUUUCUAUAAAAGGAAUGAAAUGGAGAAGUUGAAGAAAUAUGUAUCAGUGAAAGAUGAAGAUCAUUUUUAUCAUCAGGGGGCUGUGGAGCUGCUAAUCUUUAACUUUCUACUCAUUCUUACAAUACUAACAAUUUGGUUGUUUAAAAACCAUCGAUUCCGCUUUCUGCAUGAAACUGGAGGAGCUAUGCUUUAUGGCCUUGUAAUGGGACUAAUUAUACGAUAUGUGACAAAAUCACCAGAUGUUGAAAAUGGGACUGUUUAUGAAUGUGAAAAGCUGAAAUCUGGGCCGUCCACUCUGCUAAUUAAUGUAACUAAUCAGGUCUAUGAAUAUCAAUACAAAAGAGAGAUCAGCCACCACAAUGUCAACGGUCACCAGGGCAAUGCAAUGCUUCAAAAGAUGACCUUUGAUCCUUCCAUCUUCUUCAACAUUUUGCUGCCACCCAUUAUAUUUCAUGCUGGAUAUAGUUUGAAGAAGAGACAUUUUUUUCGUAACUUAGGAUCAAUUUUAACCUACGCCUUUUUGGGAACUGCCAUCUCCUGCAUUGUCAUAGGGCUGAUCAUGUAUGGCUUUGUGAAGGCCAUGGUACAUAUUGGCCAAUUAAAGCAAUGGGAAUUCCACUUCACUGACUGUUUAUUUUUUGGAUCACUGAUGUCUGCCACAGAUCCAGUGACAGUCCUUGCUAUUUUCCAUGAGCUGAAUGUGGAUACAGAUUUAUACACACUCCUGUUUGGAGAGAGUGUCCUAAAUGAUGCUGUGGCUAUCGUGCUGACACACUCUAUAUCUAUUUACAGUCCUAAGGAGAAUCCUAAUGCUUUUGACGCUGCUGCUUUCUUCCAGUCAGUGGGAAAUUUUCUGGGCAUCUUUGCUGGAUCAUUUGCCAUGGGAUCCUCUUAUGCUGUUGUCACAGCUUUAUUGACAAAAUUUACAAAGCUGUGUGAGUUUCCUAUGUUGGAGACAGGUCUGUUUUUCCUCCUAUCCUGGAGUGCCUUCUUAUCAGCAGAAGCCGCUGGGCUUACAGGUAUUGUUGCUGUCCUUUUCUGUGGAGUCACACAGGCCCAUUACACCUACAACAAUCUGUCACCAGAUUCCAAAAUGAGAACCAAACAGUUGUUCGAGUUCAUGAAUUUUUUGGCUGAGAAUGUCAUCUUCUGUUACAUGGGACUUGCGCUAUUUACAUUUCAAAAUCACAUCUUCAAUCCUCUUUUCAUAUUUGGUGCACUUGUGGCAGUUUUUGUAGCAAGAGCUUCCAACAUAUACCCACUCUCUUUCCUUUUGAAUUUGGGUCGAAAACAAAAGAUUCCCAGGAACUUUCAGCACAUGAUGAUGUUUUCAGGGUUACGCGGUGCGAUUGCGUUUGCAUUGGCCAUUCGGGACACGGACUCCCAGCCCAAGCAGAUGAUGUUCACCACAGCCCUGCUGAUCGUGUUCUUCACUGUCUGGGUGUUUGGGGGGGGCACAACACCAAUGCUCACCUGGCUGCAGAUCAGAGUUGGCGUAGAUCCAGAUGAAGAUGAAGCUAAAGCUGCAAGCCAGAGUGCAUCUAACUUGGAUAAAAGUACAACCAAAGCUGAGACUGCGUGGCUGUUCAGAAUAUGGUAUGGCUUUGACCACAAAUACCUAAAGCCUCUCUUAACCCACACUGGGCCACCUCUGACAUCAACGUUGCCUGAAUGGUGCAACCCAAUUGCCAGGCUUCUGACCAGCCCCAGUGCAUAUGGGGAUCCACUGAAGGAUGGUGACACAGUUUAUAUCAUCAAUAAUGAUGAGUUGACCGAAAACUAUGAAUCAUCUGCUCACAUACCAGUGCCAGCACAGGACAGCACUGGCUCCAUUCACAUUACAGGCAAGGAAGACAUUCAGGAAGGAGAUCUAGGAUUAGGAGGAUACAAACUCCAGCUUCAACCCCAGAAGAAUUCAUUGGCAUGAGCAGUGUAAUGUUAAUCACAAGAAAGAAGACUAAAACAAAGAAACAAGAUUCUGUUAUGUGAACAAGAGGUCAGAAAAAAACAUACUAAGCCCAAAAAUAAAAAAAAAAUUUAGAUUUCAGCAACUAAAUGCCUGCUUCUCCCAGGAAAGGAGUUCCCUAUCAUAUCCAUAUAUCUACAACCAUAUACAGGUUUUAUGACUGUAGGAGAUUUUAAUAUAAAGACAUGGGGCAGUACCAGCCCACUGUCUGUAAAUCCAUUACAGUAAUGUUUUGUCUCAGCACUUGCCUGUCCUGUGCCCCUCACAUGUACACAGGCCUUUGAAUAUCGCUUAGUUUUCAGUAAGCUGAAGUUGAGAGAAAUAGCUUCUUAACAUUCAUGGUCACAUGAUGACAGCUCUUUUCUACAGCUGGUCCUGACAAGAUCCACACAUAACUGCUCAGUAGAUAUUACAUUUAUAAGGAAGAAGCAGAAGAUUCCUUGUCCAAGGACUAUGUGAUCUGAAAAUGCUUAAAACAUGCUUUGCGGUGCCUCAGUCUUGAUAGCUAAAGCUCCUUCAUGCUCACAAUAUAGACUUUCCCUGCCAUCCAGCCAAUUAUUUGCUUUCUAAAUGCACCUUAUAGCCUGGUCCACAGAGGGUUUCACUAGGCUGCCACAAACUGAACACAGAUAGUAGGAGACAUGGAGGUGGUAUGAAAUUAGCAACAAACACCUUUCCUGGCAGCACUGAAUGAGCACAACCACUACUUAAAAUCAGCAGUUAUUCCACAAGGCAUUUGUCUUUACAGCUUGCUAACACACAAAGCUUAAACGGGGGGCAAGGUUUUCUUGUUUUGAAAGAUCAUUCUAAACAUAUACCUUGAUUUAAGAACUCAAAUGUUUCUCUUUUAUUAUUCUUUAAGAAGAGUUGCUUCUAAUUAAAUAUUUCUGCAAUACAGUUAUAUCUUCUGACUGCCUGUUCCAAGGAUAAAGUUGUCUGUCUACCCAUGUUGGGCACUCCAUGUUACACUAGAAAUGAGGACUGUGGUGGUUAGAGAGAGGUAUCAAAGUGUUCAUUGUUCUUCAUAAACACAGUCAAUGGAUAACCACCAACCACUCAGCCAUACAUAAAGCUGGCUGUCAUGCACUAUCAAGCAUUAGUACAGACCAGCUUUGGCACACAGCAGCUAAGCAGUGCCAAACCAGGGAUAGAGCCAGGCUUCUGUUGUUAGAGCAUGUGCCUUUCCUCACAGAAGUUUCAACUAGCCAUGCAUGAUGAUGUUCCUACUAAGAAAGUCAAAACAUCGGGAGUUUCUAAGGAAGAUCAUUCUUAGUAUAUAAAGACAAUGGGCAAGAAGAAAUUUGUGAUCUGGAAGAAUAAAAAUCAAACUGUCUCUAUAAAUAGUCCUAAAGAUGAAUAGGUCUUAAUUUCACCACAAGUAAAAUCUAAAAUAUAAAUAUAAUCAAGUUUUAGUCAUUCUUUUCCAGUGUAAUUAAUUUCUGGUUAUAUGUGACUCCAGAACAGAAAUUUUAACCAUAAAUUUGAUCUCAGUGGAGUUGUAUGUGCUGUUUCAAAAGAUCAGAAGCUUAAACUGACAUUUUAUUUUGUCCUAAACCCUAAUCAAGGAUCUUCAAUCCCCAUGUGGUUUAAAACAAAUAAUAUUCAGGUAUGAUAAGUUCUUGGAAGAACUACUGAAUUUCCAGCUCUGUGCUUUGCUUUGUUUAGCUGCAUGGGCUGGGAAAAGAUGUGCAGCAGCUUGCAAGAAGGGAUGGAGAAUAGGUAAGGAGGGAAGGUUUCAUGGCCAAGUACUGGGAUACAGCAGAGAACAGAGAAAGGAGAAGCAAGCAGACAAAGAGAAGCAGCAGAGUGAAGAUGUGGUAACACAGCAAGAAGCUCUUGGGGUAGGUGCUAACACCAUCCUGACCUCAGAAGACAGCUUCUGGCUUAAGUCUUUGGAAGUAUUGAGGGCUUCUCACCAGGUUUACUAAAUUUCUCAGGAAGCAUGGAUUCCAGUCCUUAGAUUACAUUGGAAAUCAAUGAAGUGCUACAGUAUAAUGAAGAUGCAAAGCUGUUUUUCACAACUGCGACAUGAACUGGUAAUGACAAGCUCUUCAAUAGUUUUGUUCUUAGAUGUAUCCUGCAGCAUACUGUACAGGGGAAUUCCUGAUUUAUUUAUUGUGCCUAUGUCCAGGUUUCUCACCUGGACAUUUAUCAUUUGUACAAUGAUAAAUGGAGAGUUCUGAAAUUCUCAAUUUAUAAAAAAGUCUGCAACAAAUACUUUUCACACUGUUCUACUCCUAUGCCUUAAAGGGUACUUACUUGGUAAAGAAAGUCAUCCCUUAUGACAGACAAAUCAUACUUCACAUCUUCACAGGUCAGAUUUUUAUGCUAAGACUACCAGAGAAGAUGAAUCUGUGGUCCCAGCAGGAAGAGUAUUUAUCAUCUGGGAUCAUGCUCAGCAACUGAAGUAUCAUUGGCUUUUAGGAAAAUUAGCAAUAUGAGCUGCAAGCAAACCUGAAGCUUCUGCUAAAUGGCAGUAAGAGUCUCAAUUGUCCAUUACACUCACCAUUUCCUUAUUUUAUAAUACUCUUCAUGACACACAGCUCAAGAGAGUUACAGCAAUGUUAGAACAAAUUACAUAUUUGUAUUCAAGAAAAAAUUACUGACAACUAGUAAUUCUGCAUGACUGUUUAAACAGAGUAAUGAAUGUUAAGAGAGGCCUUUAAUGUUAAUUUACAGUUUAUACACUGGAGAUUUAAACUACUCAAUAUCACACAGUGUUUGACUGAAUGUGCAAGUCACUCAUGAUAAAUGUGAAGCUAUUCCUUCUAUCUGACUUAAUCCAAUAAAACACUGCUUGGAAAAUGAAA